AAUGUUUUAAAAGUAGCGUGUCGCCCCUGUUUAUCUCAAGUGUGGAAUAAGUGAAAGGAGGAACAACAGCAGCAGCAGCAACGUUUUAUCGACUGUGUCCGUGGUAACAAUAAAUAAGCGUCAUGGGAUCCAGUGAGAGCAAGAUUGCUGUGCCUGCAGCAGUAAAACCAGAACCAGCCAUCAAGAACACCCGAGUCAGUCAUCUGAUAGAUCCACGCUCUCCUUCAGUGGGCAUCGAUCGCACACCUAUUCAGGUUGGUGGGAUUGUGUCUAAAGCUCCUGUGGAGGUGAAAAGUGAGUGUCCAUUGGCCUUCAGUGAUCCUCGCUCACCUUCUGUUGGCAUUUCCCGCACCCCUGCCAGAGACGUCAUGAGAGCAACAGUUGGGUCCUUUGCUCGUCGGCUGGGUAUGCUUUUCCACAAUGAGACGGAGGAUGAAGCCCCUCAGAAACACUUCGAAGAUGCUGUGGAGGAUGAGGAGGUCCAUAAGGAUGAGGAAUUGGCUUCCACUGAGCCCCUUCUGACUCCUCAGUUGCCCCGCAACUUUGGCUCACUGGCUGAGCAUGCUAACCUCCUGGCCACCCCUGUGCUGACCUCUCUCCAGAGUGCGGGUAACACAAGCCCCUUUGUGCUCCUUGAGGAGCCCCAGGUGGAGGUGGAAAUAGAAACGGAGGCAGAUAUUAGCCUGGAGGAGGCCGAAGAAGCCACAGAAUCUCCACUUAACAAGAGACUGAGCAUGAGCCUGAUAACUUGCCACGAGGGAGCAACCUCAUCUCAGAUCUUUGUUGAGGUGCACCGUGACAGCACUUCAUCUCCAGUGCCUUGUGAGGAUGUCGAGCCACUCAAGGGCAGUGUGGAUCACUCUUAUGCCGUUCCGUCCGUCACUGUUGAACCAGAGUCCCCCUCUGAGCCUUCCCUAACCACUGAUCCAGCUGAUUCCCCAGUUCCAACAUCUCCUACACAGCCAGAGGAAGCAGAGAAAGUGCCAUCUCCUGAAGAAACAAAAGAUCUUGUUAAAGAAUCUUCUUUGCCUCCUGCAUCCACUCCAUCAGAGCCACCAGCUGUCACCAGCCCAGAGCAGCCACAAGUCUGCACCAGUAUCCGCUGCCCCAAAUUUGACUCAAAGAGUCCCAGUCAAGUGGUGUUCAAGCCACAGUGGUUGGGAAGAGGGUUUGGUGCCACUGGGCUGAGAGCCAGAGGAGUGCAAGGGCGCAGUGGAAAAGGAGGCUCCUCUCCUCUUGCUGUCCGCGUGGCUGUCAAGAAUGUAACCAAUGAAAACAAGGGACUGUCUGGAAAACUGAAGCAGAAGGGUACUGAAGGCCGUUCCCCACUGCAGAUCCUCAAGGAGACCAACUCGCCCAGGGACCGUCCUCAGAUGAAGGAGAAGGUGUCCACCCCCGAUAAGCAGAGGCUCGGGCAGAUGGACCGCAGAGUGCUGGCAGUGGCUCUGGAUAAGGAGAAUAGAUGAUGCACUGCAGAAAUGUGUACAGAAUCUUGUUAUUUUUAUAUCAAGUUUUUAUGUGUACGUUUUUCUUUAACUGAUUGUUGUUUUUGUGUGUUCUUCGACUGCCACUUUGUGUGGUUUUCCAUCCUUUUUUUUGUCCUUUUUGUAAAUAUAAAUAAAAUUAUUUGCAUACAUA